CUAGCAAACACGCAGGAGAUUAUAUGGAGGAAUUUAUUUGCCCAGUUUGCCUUGAACUUUUGAAUGUUCCAGUGACACUGGAGUGUGGGCAUAAUUUCUGCAAGUCUUGUAUUGACAGAGUUUGGGAGAGUCAGAAACAACCUUCCUGUCCUGAGUGCAGAGAGGAAUACACAGCCAGGAAAUAUGCAGUGAACAGGCUACUAGCAAAUGCAAUUAAGAGGGUGCAGAUACUGUGCCAGAAAAAAGAAGGACAAAACCCAGGUCAGAAAGAUCAGCUUUGUAUAGAACAUAAAAAAAGGCUUAAGUUGUUCUGUGAAGAGGAUGAAUCUUUGGUUUGCUCACUCUGUGUUCCAGAACAUCCUGGUCACACCUUCUUGACAGUCCAGAAAGUACUCAAAAUGUACAAGGACAAACUGACAACAUCUCUGUCUCAUCAUCAGGCAAGUCUAAAGCAUCUUAAAGAAAUAAAGUGCCAGCAAGAAAUGAAGAUAUCAGAAAUCACAGACCAUGCCAGAAGUUUACAGCUCCACAUAACAUCAGAAUUUGCCCAGCUUCACCAGUUUCUCCAGGAAAAGGAAGAAAAUCUAGUCAAACAGCUGAAAGAGGAAAAAGUAGGAAUUCUGAAUGAGAUGGAUGAAAACUUGAGAAAAAUUAAGGAAGAUAUUCAUGCUGUUCAGGAACGAAUCUCUAAUAUUCAGUUACAAUUGCAGCAACAGGACACAAGGACUUUUCUAAAGAAAAUCAAGACAUUCCUGAAGAGUAUUAAAAAUGUGCAGAAAGUGGAUGACAGCCAAAGAGUUGUGGUGCAUGAUUUGAGUCUUGGAAUGUACAAAGGCCCUCUGACAUAUGGAGUAUGGAAGGAAAUGAAAUCCAUCCUUAAUCCUGGGCUUGUUAAUCUUGUAUUGGACACUAAAACAGCACACCCUGAUCUCAUUCUGUCUGAUGACCUGACCAGCAUAAAACAUGGUAACAAAAGGCAGGAACUCCCUGAAUACCCGGAUAGGUUUGAUACAAGGCUCUGUGUGCUGGGAUUAGAGGGAUUCAUGUCAGGCAGGCACUACUGGGAGGUAGAGGUGGAGAACAAGACUGCCUGGUUUAUGGGUGUUGCCAAAGAGUCUGUUCACAGGAAGGGAGACAUCCUCAUGAGACCUGAGAAUGGAUACUGGACUUUGUGUCGAAACAGAGAGGCUGAGUAUACAGUAUGGGAUAUAAUAAUAAAGGAUCUCAAGCUCAGGGAAGAGACCAAGAGGAUCGGAAUGUAUCUGGACUAUGAGGGAGGACAAGUGUCAUUUUAUAAUGCUGACAACAUGUCCCAUCUCUACACUUUCACUGACACCUUCACUGAGAGACUCUAUCCUUUCUUCAACCCUUGUAAUAAUGAUGGGGGUAAAAAUGCAGCACCCCUGAAGCUCUUUCACUUAAAAUUAUAGUUCUGACUGAAAACUAUUAGUGUAUUUACACAAAGGUUAAAAUGGUUAUGCUGUAUGAAGAUUAAUUUUGUAUAUUCAACACAGAGACUGAACAUAUGUAAAAAAGAAAAGUAUGUAGAUACUGUAAAACUGAAAAGGAUCCUUUCAUGAUAUGGAUUUUAACUGGAAUUGUCCCUUCAUAAGACUUAUAAGGACGAAAUUACAAAUGGCAUUCACUUCUUCUUCCACUUCCUUCUUUGUGUCCUUCUUCUUCUUCACAUUCUUCUCCUGCUUCUUCUUCAUUGUCAUUAUUAAAAAAGACAAAAAUCAAGUUAUACUUUGCCAGAACCAGAAAUGUCUUUUCUGUAAAAUGUAUGAGUGUAAAAUUAAAAGUUUAUUUAGUGAAUUUCACAGUGCUACAUUUUUACAUAAUCGUUGGUUGGACUUAUACACCAGAAUAAAAAAGUAGUU